GCGGCCGCACUCCUGAGCCGCGCAGCCCAGGCGAUGGCGGGGGCUCCGGAGCCCGAGCUUUAUGUGAGAUGGAAGCACUGUGGAGUGCAAGGUGAUAGGCCUUUAUGCAAUCUAACAAAGCUUUUGAACAAACUUCAGAAAGAUCACAGAGAUGACAUCUAUCUCUACACCUCUGGGCACUUGAAUUCCAAUAAGCUCUACAGGCCUCCUGAGACAAUCCUCUAUCACUGGCCCAAUGCCAAUAGACCAAAAGGGGAAAAGAUCUUCAAAGUAGAGAAACCAUCUGAUAAGAAGAUUGCAAAGAUGAAAGAUGCUUUGGCUUAUUUUACCAUCAAUACAGCUCUGAGUCCAAAAGAUGUCCAGACCACACCACUAUUCAGGUAUCUGGACCCUCUGGAGCCUAUAUCCCGCACUUCAGAAGAGGACUUCAUUCCAAGGAAGGCUCCAGGAAAAGAGGCUUCUGCAGAACUGCGGAGAAGAGAAGAGCUGAGAUUGCCAGAGAUGAAGGUUCUCAAGUACAGAACAGUGGAGUCCAGCCGUCAGUGUGUGAUGUCUCCCCCACCCAAGGAUAAGUACCAGUACAUCAGCUCCUACCUAGCUGGUAUUACAAAGGCAGAUAAGUACAGAAAGUUCCUGUGCUUCCAAAAAGAAGUUCUUGCAAAACAAGAUCUCAUGAAGCACGAUUUCACUGGGAGAAAGGCAGCGAUAUGCCAUGAAAAGAAGUUGGAACAGGAGCUCCAGAAAGUGUGCAUAUGUGAACCUCAGCAGUUCAACAGACUGCACAUCUUUGGAGAAGUCUUUGAAGAUAUUUGCAAUAGUUCUUUGAUAUUUGGUGACAUCUUGAAAGAAGUCAAGGAUGAAUAUGAACUGUACAUGGCAAUCCUUCUGCAGUCCCAGGCCACAUCCCAGGACAAGACUCUGCUGGCUAAUGCCAAGGGGCUGGAGAGGAGACCAGUGAAGACUGCAGAUGUCACCCAGGCCAAGGAGGACCUGAGGGCGAUGGUCGCAGCCACCAAAGCAGCCAUGGAGCAUAAUGACAAACUCAGAAGUGAACUCGAGAGGGAGCAAACACUGCUGCAAUCUGCUAAGGAAAAAUCAGAAUUAUCUAAGAAAGAUGUAAUGGAUGAGGAUCACCUCACUCUUAUUGAGAAGGUUGAAAAGAAGAGGUGUGAAAUACUUAAUAAAUGGGAUGAAAUUCAAGCUCUUGAAAGAGAAAUCAAAACAACUUUGCUUCAUACGGGAAUUUCACAUAUCACUGAGAAUAGGAUUAAAAGCAUAGAGACUGAAGCUAUAAAAUUGGAAACAGCAAACAGAAUUUUAAAGAAGAAAAUGCAUGUUAUUGAAAGCCAGGUGAAGCAGACCAUGGAGAAGAGUAAGAUGAGCGAGGAGGGGCAGCGCCCAUAGCUUCCUGUCUAAAUGGACAAUUAGAGAUGAGCCAUGAGGAGGAGAAAAGAAGGAGAUCUGAGAGCGGCUCUAAGCAAACCGUGGGCACAUGGAACUGACUGGAAGCAAAUGGAUUGGAAGGGCACUGAGUUUUUGAGGGAGUUUGUUGAUUACAGGCUAUCAGGCAACCAAGGUAAGUGAGUCCAUUGCCGUUCAAAAGCUUUAACAGCCUUGGGUCCCCUGAACAUCCAUGAAGAGCAGAAGACAGCUGAAGAAUCCAUAUAUCCCCUAAGAGAACAUAGUCCCCUAAGUCCACUUCAGAUGAGCCCGAGGAGGGCAAAGGACGGCCAAACCAGUGACAAGGGCAAUGAACAAGACCUCCGACCCGAUGCCGUCAGACUUAACCCUGUGCCUGGUCUUUUCUUUAGAGCUUCGGGAACGCUACAGACCAUGCAUUGCUGUGUGUGUCCUCACCUUGGUAUGAACAUCCACUCAUAAAUGUAUGGAAAUUAUCCUGGUUCUCAAAGGAUGGAAAAAAAGCUGUGUAUCCUUUAGGGAUCUUGGACUUUGAGCUGGAUGUGGUGAUGGGGUGGAUUUGUCUCCCUUAGAGAGGAUGGCACUGUGUUUUAUGCAAAGAAAUAGGUGAGCAAAGGGAUUUCUUAAUCAGAAUGUGGACCGUGGGAGAGAUAUUUCUCUACUGUAGAAGUUGUAAAGACUUGUGUUUCUUCCAGGUGGUGAGGCUGCUGGGACACUGGGUCUUCUGUGUACCUAGUUCUUAAACAGAGCUCACCAUUUUGGACACAGAACAUGUGUAAGGCAUAAACUUUGUCAGAUCAGGCCAGUGGAGAUCAGGGUUAACUCAUUAUUGUGACAUGACCCAGUCUACAUGAUUUACUGUGUUUACCCUAAAGAAGCUCAUGUGCACGUACCUAAGGAAGCUUCUCUUCCUCAUUUUCUCUUGUUGUCUAUCUUGUCCUGUCUAUCAUCCAUCCAUCCAUCUAUCUAUCAUCUAUCUAUCUAUCUAUCUAUCUAUCAUCUAUCUGGUUAUUUAAUCUAUUGAUGUUCACCGAAUAACCCUGAUACUAGAAAAUAGAAGCAGCAUCAUUUUUUUCUGAGUAGGGUAGUAAUGGUGCUGGUGGUCAUCUUUAAAUGGAACACUACAAAGCAGAUAAAAGAAAUAGACCCACAUACAUCGACAUGAGUAAAUAGCAAAACCGUAAUGUUGGGUGAAAAAAGUAGUUUCAGUGGAGUACAUAAUGGUAGUAUUAUUAAUAUAAAUAUAAAAUUAAACAUGCAUUGGUAUGAAAUUCACUAAUUCUAGGACGUUGAUUAACUGUAGGGAAAAGAGGAGAGGGAAAAGAAAAGGCUCCAACUGGAUUUAGUAUUUCAGUAGCAUAUAUGGUGUUUUAUUUCUUUUAAAAAUAUGAAGCAUUAUAUGUUAAUAAAAGAAUAUGAAGCAAAUGUUCUGAUAUCAAUGUAUGUUUAAUAUUGAUAGUAGAUUCAUUAGUAUAUUAUUUUCUAUAAAUUUCUAUAAGUAUGCUAACACUUGUUAAACACUUAUUAUAUGCUAGACACUAUUCUAUGAAUUUAACCUAGAUUCUUUUAGUUUCCAUGUGAUCUUACAUGGUAGUUACAGUUAUUAUUUUACAGAUUAGGAAAUUUCUUAUUUAAAUUUUUAAAUUUUAAUUUAAAAUUUAAAUUUAGGGGCACCUGGGUAGCCCAGUCGGUUAAGCAUCUGCCUUUGGCUCAGGUCAUGAUUCCAGGGUCCUGGGAUUGGGCCCUGCAUCAGACUCCCUGCUUAGCGGGAAGCCUGCUUCUCUGUCUCCCACUCCCCCUGCAUGUGUUCCCUCUCUUGCUGUGUUUCUCUCUGUGAAAUAAAUCAAUAAAAUCUUAAAAAAUUAAAUUUAAUUCCAAUUUAAAUAUAUUUUAAGAAAUAAUGAAUGCAACAAUUUAUCCUGGGGCUGUGGCAUAAGUAAGAAAAGUACAAAGAUGAGCUCACAGAACUCAAUAUUCUUCAUGGGGGAGAAGGGACAGAAAGGCCAAAUAAACUUUGCAAGUUAUUUUUUACCAUUAAGUUUUCAUGUGUGGAGUGGUGAUUCGAGGUAAGAGAGAACCAUGUGAGUGAAAGAGCAAGCAGACUGGAAUUGGUGCAGACAUUGCUGGUGGUGGUGCUGCUGCUGGUAAUGGUGGUGGUGGUCAUGAUGGUGGUGCUGGUGAUAGUGGUGGUGGUGAUGGUGCUGGUGAUGGUGAUGAUGAUGAUGGUGAUGGUGAGGAUGGUGGUGAUGGUGAUGAUGGUGAGGAUGCUGAUAAUGGUGAGGAUGGUGAUGAUGGUGAUGGUGGUGAUGGUGGUGAUGAUGGUGAUGGUGGUGAUGGUGGUGAUGGUGGAGAUGAUGGUGAUAGUGGUGAUGGUGGUGGUGGUGAUGGUGAUGGUGAUGAUGGUGGAGAUGAUGGUGGUGAUGAUGGUGAUGGUGGUGGUGCGGGUGAUGGUCCUGGUGGUGUUGGUGAUGAUGAUGGUGAUGGUGAUGUUCCUGGUGGUGCUGGUGCUAGUGGUGUUGGUGUUGGUGUGUGUGUAUGUGUGCUCAGAUGCUGGUGGCUGGUGGUGCUAGAAAAUGAAAGGAUGGAGUCAAACAAGAUAACUCGUUGAAGACCUUUAAGCAGUAAAGGAUCACAUUCAAUAUUUAGAAAGAUCACUCUAGCAUUAUUGUUAAAAAAAAAAAAAAGUACUGUAGGAGAUAGGACUGGAGAGAAGGAUGCCAAGUAGGAGACUACUGUGGGAGUCUGAGUUGGAGGUGAUGUGAGUUUGAGCUGCAGGAAAGGCAGUGAGGAGGCAAAAGGGACCAAAUGCAAGGGCGGCUAAGUCAGUAUGAGGGGCUAGAUGAAGAUAGUAAGGGUUGCAGGAAUCCAGGCUGACUCCCUGGUUUCUGGCUUGGAUGACAACUCAGAUGGUUCAUUAAAAUAGGGAACACAGAAGAGGAGUAGACUUUGAGGUAAAGAUUCAUUCAUUUGGGGACAUUCUGAAGCUUAGUGUCUCUAGGGAAUUACAUCCGUAGGGAGGUGUUGGGUGGAACUGAGUCUGUGGGUGGGGUGCUGGAAGAAGAGGAGUCAGCAGCAGUGAGUGGAAGUGGAAACCGGAGAGGAGGGAAAUCACCAUGGAGGGUGUCUAGAGGGAAGAGGAGGUGAACAGACUGGAAGGCUGAGCCCUGAGCCCUGAAGGUCAGGACCGAAGAAGAGGGAAUGAGUGAGAAGAGAACAGAGUUCCCAUCCGCUUGUGUAGGAGAGCAGUUGGACAUGGGACAUAUUCAAGUGAGUCUACCAGUAACAUAUUUGGAAGCUGAGAAUUUAUGCCUAUGAAUUAUGAUUUUUGUGAGCAUGGAGGUGAAACCAUGAGAAAUAGGAGAACAGGUUAAAUAAGGCAGGGUCACUUGAAACCUUUUUCUUCCAGGUGCUGGCUUCCUAGGCACAUCCCCAUGUUCUUCCACCUGCUAGGCUGCACUGACUCCACUGCUGUCCACACUUUCAGAGGCUUUUCUGGAUUCUGACUUGAGAGUCAUUUGCAAGAACACCCUCUCCAGCUUCUAAUCCAGAAUUCUGCCUCCAGGUCCCUCGGAACUUACUUUGCUGCCACUCUCAUGUUUGAGCAGCUGGCCACUCCUCAAAUAAGUGUCCUCUCAUCUACUGAUAAAAGACUGUUCAACCUCUCCUGUCUGUGUGCCCUGCUUCUGGGCUCAGAGAAGUGAUUCCAACCAAGGUCUUGGGAUGUGCAGCUCCCCAGACCUUUACCAUUCUGGUGCUCUGACUCCAAAUAGACCAGCUGCUCUUCUUCUUCCAAUUUUACCGAGAGUUGCAUUUGACAUAUAACACUGUGUAACUUUAAAGUGUACAAUGUGUAGGUGGUGUUGUUUAUAUCCCAGGAAACGAUCACCCUUACAGAGUCAGCUACGACCUCUAGCACACGGCAGGGCCACAGUCCUUGUGUGGUGAACACGUGUAAGACUGACUUACAGCCAUUUCCAAGUAUAUAAUACAGUAUUAACUAUAAGCACCAUAUUAUACAUCAUACCCAGAACUUACUCAUAACUAGAGGUAUGUACCCUUUGACCAAUAUCUUCCCUUUUCUGCCCCUACCCUCAUGCUGGUGGCCAUCAUUCUGUUCUCUGUACGAGAUCAGCUUUUCUAGAUUCCAUAUGUAAGCGACAUCAUAAAGUAGUUGCUUCUGCCUGACUAGUUUUACUUAGCAUAUAAUGCCCUUAUGGUUUAUCCAUGUUGCUGCAAAUGGCAGGAUCUCCUUUCUCGUGGCUGCUUCACCAGCUGAGCCAUGCCAAAUGCCCUCAGAGUUUAAUUUUUUUGAGGAAUCUCUAUACUGUUCUGUACACCAAUUUAUAUUCCAUUUCUGUACCAAUUUACCUUGUACCAACAGUUCAUAAGGGUUCCCUUUUUUUCCAUUUCCUCGCCAACACUUAUUAAGUCUUUUUUUUUCUUCUUUCAGUAUAGUUGACAUACACCGUUAUAUUAGUUUCAGGCGUACAAUGUAAUGAUUGGACAAUUCUGUAUAAUAUUCAAAGCUCAUCACAUUAAGUGUCAUCACCAAUGUUCUGGCAAUAGUAUUGACCCUGUGCCCAAUGCUGUACGUUUCAACUCUGUGACUCAUUUUUUUUUAUAAUAAAAAGUUUGUACCUCUUAAUCUCUUCACUUGAUACUACUGCCCCCUUCCCUUCUUGCAACCGCCAGUUUGUUCUCUGUAUUUAUGAGUCUCUUUCUGGUUUUUCAUUUGCUUCCUUGUUUUGUUUCUUAUAUUUCACAUAUGAUUGAAAUCAUAUGGUGUAGAAAACAAAAACACUAAUUCAAAAGUAUCAAUGCACUCAUAUAUUUCCUGAGGCAUUCAGAACUCUGCCCGUUUUUUAAAUUGGAUUGUUUGUUAUUUGGCUAUUGAGUUCUUUGUGUAUUUUGGAUAUCAACCCUUAUCUGAUAUAUGAUCUGUGGAUACUUUCUCUCAUUUGGUAGGUUGCCUUUGUGUUGAUGGUUUCUUUUGCUGCGCAGGAACUUUCUUAGUUUAGUGUAGUCCCACUUAGGAAUUUUUACUUUUGGGGCUAACACAUUUGAUGUCUUAUCCAAAAAAUUACUGCCAAGACCAAUGUCAAGUUGCUUUUCCCCUGUUUUCUUCCAGGAGUUUUAUGGUAUCCGUUCUUUAAGUCUUUAAACCAUUUUGACCUAAUUCUUGUGAGUUAUGUGAGAUAGGUUCCAAUCUCACUCUUCUCAUGUGGCUACCCAUUUUCCUGACCCCAUUUAUUGAAGAGACCAUCCUUCCUCCACUGAGUCUUCUUGGCUGCUCUGUCAAACAUUAGUUGACUGUGUAUGUGGGCUUUAUUUCUGGGAUCUGGAUUCUUUCAUUGGUCUAUGUGUCUAUUUUGAUGCCAGUAUCAUACUGUUUGAUCACAGCUUUGUAGUUGGUAAAGGAAAUUUUCAACUUUUCAUGGCUGUGGGCCCUGCUCCUGGGCUCCCAGGGAGGCUGUUCUUUAAUGUUUACCAAGGUCAGAAUGACUUGGCAAAACCUCAAAGCAUGGGCUCUAUUUCUGCCCCAAGCACACAUUGUAGGUCUGCUUUGUUAAAGAAAACAACCAAAACGGAGCAUUCUGAACACAAUAGAUAAGAAAAAGGAAGAAACUUCCCUGGUUCCCAUAAGAUUAAAGUCAUGCAGCCCUGCAUAUAUCAGAAGGUUAAAAUAAGGUCUGCCACUUUCUGAAACGUCCUUUGUUUUGAUUUGUAACUUUUUAAUGUAAAAAAAAAAUGUGUAUAAUCCUACACCAAAAGUUCCUUUCCUGGAGCGCUUUCUUCUUUGUGAAGAUUUUGUAUCCUGCACAGCUGCCCUAACUUGAGCUUAAAUACAACAAAUUAAAAAAAAAAAAAAAAAAAGUGGGGGUGGGAGGAAAUAAUGAGCUUUUAGUUGUUAAGAUUCUUACUCAUGCUUUUAAAAAAUAUUUUAAUUUCUUUGCUCAUUAACAAGAUUGUGCAUCUUAAAAUACACGCAUUAGCUCUUUCUUUUCCCCCUUCUGUGUAUUUUCUGGCAUGUAAAAUAUUCAGUAACUAUUUUUAAUAGCUUAUUGACUAUCCAUUUAUAUCACACCCAUUCGUUUUAUGGGUUUUUCAUCUUAACUCUGUGCAGUUUGUGUCUUGUGUUGCAUUCACCGAAUACAAAGCAUUGAUUUCUAUUUGGAUAAGAGCAAUUUAGACAAUUGGAUUCAAAGUUCUAAGUAAUCAUGAAUCUAUUCCCCCUGUCAAUAAUAUACAAGAUGUAUACUAUUAGUGCUACUUUGUUUCUUUAAUUAAAACAAUAAGAAAGUUGAAAUUGUGUUAUCUGUAAUAAUAAAAAAAAAAAGACUUAGUUUUUUUUCUGCCCCUAAGGCAUGUGCCUGCUAGAUUAGGGCCAUGAGGUAUGUAUGGAUGUGCUAGUUUUUACCGUGAUGAAUCAGUCUUUUUGUCCAAUUUAGUUGUCAAAUGCCAACUGAUUGAAUCUUUAAUUUUGGGACUGCCAACUUGUAAAUUGUUGCCAGAUUCUGAAGGAGGAAUGAGCAACAUAAACUUGUCAUUAUUCUCAGAGCUGAUUAGACUUUUUUUUUUUUUUUAAGAUUAACUUCUUUAUUUUAAAAAGAGAGAGGAAGAGUGAGAGGGAGCGUGAAUGGGGGCAGGGGAAGGGCGGAGGGAGAGAGAGAGAGAAAACCUCAAACAGGUUCCGUGCUCAGCAUAGAACCCAACAGGGGACUCCAUCUCACAACCUUGAGAUCAUGACCUGAGCUAAAAUCAAGAGUUGGACACUCAAUUGAGCCACCCAGGCGCCCCUGAUUAGACCUUCGUGAAAGCACCUGGUGAGCCCUCUUUCAAGAAAACCAUGUUGUCCCCAUUUUACAGGUAAGAUUACUGAGGCUUAGCCAUGGGUGUCUAAGGGCCCAGUGUCAAAAGUGAUGCAUUACAAAGAGCACACUCAUCAUGAACACUGAGUAGCGUAUAGAAUUGCUGACGCCCUGCAUCGUACACCUGGAGUGAAGACAUCACUGUGUUAAGUACACUGGAAUUAAAAUGAAAAAACUUUAUUUUAUUUUUAUUUUUUAAAGACUUUAUUUAUAUAUUAGACAGAGAUCACAAGUAGGCAGAGAGGCAGGCAGAGAGGGGUGGGGGAAGCAGGCUCCCUGCUGAGCAGAGAGCCCGAUGCAGGGCUCGACCCCAGGACCCUGAGACCAGACCUGCACCGAAGGCAGAGGCUUAACCCUCUGAGCCACCCAGGUGCCCCUAAAAUAAAAAGAAUUAAAAAAAGUGAUGCACUGGAGGAAUCCAUGUCCGUAACUUACUACUGGAAAUCCAACAACAGGUAUCACCAUGAAGCUCAGUGCUGUGCCUUUCAUAGACAAAAACACCUUGACGUGGCCAGUGAUUCAAAAAGCAGACCUUCUCUCUGUCCUUAGCUAUAGAGGUUAAGCCCAGAGAUAGGCGGUUCCAGAGUUGACCGGUGUCCUCGGAUAUCCUAGCUCCUUCUCCGGUUCUGCCAUCCUCAUAUUUUGGCUUGAUAUUUAGAUUUAUUCUGUCAUGGUAAAUGGCCAAAGAAGAGAGGCAUUUUGUGUUAUUCCUUGCUUUUAUCAAGGAGAGCUUUCCCAGGAGCUUGAUCAGACUUCCCAUCAGAUCUCAGAAUUAAACUGGGUAGAUGCUCAAACUCUAUCUGCAGGAGAGCCUCGUGCAACCGUCGGGGCCCUACAGGAAGGAGGCUCACUCAAAUUAGGAUCAUCUCAGAACCUUUUAUUUACAGAGAACUGGUUUCCGAGGUGCGGGGAGGGGGCACCCACAAAGCCCAGGCAGUACCCUGCAGCUGGUACUUUUGGAGCGUCAGUAUAACUAGGCUAAAGGGAUGAGGGGGAAGAGCAGUUACUGGACCCCAAAAGGAGGGCGUCAUGUGGCAGAGACCACCUUGCAGGGAGCAGAGGCACAGUCAGCCCAGGCUGACCUCCAAGGAGAAGGGUCAGCAGAGGCUCUGGUCUCAUCCUCAGCCGACCCCAGCAGGAAGAACGCAGGUAGGGCUUCUCUGCCCUUCCAGGGCAAGGCAGAGAAGGAAGGAAAGUGGAUCUGAAAGGGCCCACAGGACGGUAUGUGUCACAACUGGGAGACUGGGAACCUGGCAUUUCCAGCCCAGAUAUGGGAGGCAGGGAGUGACACAAGCAGCGGGCACAUUGCAGACAAGCAGUGUCCCCAGGCACCGCCUGCUCAACCCGCUGUCUAUCUCCCUGUGAGUGUCUCCAUCUGGGGAAUGGCGGUGAUGCUCAUCCCUCCUUCAUCUAAUUAUUUGGGGAUUAAAUGGGAAAAUGAAGGUUAAACACUUAACACACUGCCCGGAUAGAGUAAAUAGGGUCAGCUAGUGUUAGCACUACUUUUACUAGGUCUCCUUCCUAACCCAUCCCCUUACGUGUGCCUUCAACUUGGAGUCCUCAUUGCCUUGGGAUGUGCUGCUCACCUGUGCAGUGGUACUUCUCCAGGUCUGAUCCUUGACCAGCCACGUGGGUGUCACUGGGAACUUGCUGGGAAUCCACAUUCUCAGAUCCACUUCCAACGUACAGAAUCCUAAUCUGGGGAUGGGUUCCCAUGGCGUGCGCUCCUAAGCCGUGAAUAAGUCCCCGUGUCUGACUCUCCAGGCAUGCUCUCCAGGCACUGCAGGAGCUGCAUGGCAUCAGGCAGAGGUGACCCUGGGUGGGGGUGGGGGGUCUUUGAUGUUUUGCUCAUAGCUCAACUGCUGAAAGCAUGUUCCCUGUGUGUGGUGACAGAGAGGGGCACUGGGAUGAAGCCAACCUCGGGAACACAGCCACGAAUCCUUGGGGAGCCCUGGGAAAAAGUGUCAGGAGGAGGAAUGCCUCCCCACAUGAGUGCAGGGCUCAGAAGGAUCCCAGCACACUCACCUGGUGCAUGGAGACAUCUGGGAAACGGGUGAUGCUCGACAGGUGAGAAUGCCCCUGGA